AUGUUGGUUAGAAUCAAAAAACUGCUUCAAGGAUAUUCAGGAAUAAGAUUUAAAAUCAUGAAGGAGAUGAAUGGACUUACCGAUGAGUCUAAGUUUGCAGCAUUAAAAGGAAAUGAUUUGUUGUUACAUCAACUGCUAAAACGAGGUUUAGAUCCAAAUGAAUCUGACAACAAUGAAAGAACAACACUGCAUAUAGCAACAUUUAAAGAAAAAGAAAAUUGUGUUUUACUUCUGUUAGAUUAUGGGGCAAAUCCCAACAUUAGAGAUUCAGGUGGAAAUAUAGCACUAUGGGAGGCUAUACUUGGUGGACAUGAAACAAUAACAAAACAUUUGGUACGAAAGGGUGCUACCUUGCAAAGUGGUGAUGUUGUUGUUAAGGAUAGGGAUAUUUUGAAAAUGAACAAGAUUACUCGUGUUUUGAAUUAUGUAGGUUUUGGAUUGCAAGAAUUGUGA